GGUCUGAUAGAUUACCAAGUAAUAUAAAACGAGAUCCGCCGUCACCAAGCAGACUAAACCAAGAUGAAACUCUUCCUAGUACUUUUCUUGUGUGCAACCGCGGCCUUCGCCAGCGAAGCAGACCUCCAAAAGUUUGCUUCCAGUAGCAAACUCUUCACAGGAGCCGUCUACAAAGAGCUUCUAGUUGACAACAAUGACAACAUCCUCGUCAGCCCCUUCUCCGCUGAAACCGUCCUCGCUCUAACCCAAUCCGGCGCUAUCGGCAUCACCGGCGAAGAAAUCCGCUCCAGCCUCUUCCUCCCCGACACCAAAGAAGAAACCGAAGCCAUCAUCAAGAGCGUCCUCCCUACAAUCCAAAGCGACCAAUACACCCUAAAAACCGCCAACAAAAUCUACGUGGAAGACAACUUAGCCAUCAAACAAGACUUCCAGAAAGUAGCAACCGACGUCUACCAAGCGGCUUUCCAAAGCAUCGAGUUCGCAGAAAGCGUAGAAGCCGCCGAAGAAAUCAACCGAUGGGUGGAGGAACAAACCAACGACAAGAUCCACGACCUGGUGUCCCCUGACGCGUUGGACGGAAACACGAGGGUGGUUCUCGUCAACGCUCUAUACUUCCAAGCCAACUGGUCUAUCCCGUUCAAGCCCGUUCUAACAAGCAAAGCCACUUUCUACGCCCCCAACGACGAAGAAGUUGAAUCCGACGUUAUGUUCAUCGAAUCAGAAGCGUUAAACUUUUACGAGAGCGAGGAACUCGACGCGAAAUUUUUGCAGCUGCCUUUCUUGGGGGAGGGUGCCUCCAUGACGCUUGUUCUCCCGAAUAAGAAAGAAGGGAUUGCUGUGUUGGAGAAACAAUCGGCGGAUGUGUUGAAUGUGCCUGAGUACAAGCAGGAGUUUGUUCAAGUUUCGUUGCCGAAGUUUAAGAUUGAGGCUACGGUUGAUUUUGAGAAUAUUUUGGAGAAUUUGGGAGUGCACGCCGCUUUUAAUCCUGUGGUUGCCGAUUUUAGUGGAAUUGCUGGAGCACCUGGUGACAUUGUCAUCAGCAAAGUUACGCAGAAGACGUUUAUUGAUGUUAAUGAGUUCGGGGUAGAGGCAGCUGCUGCUACGGAUAUUGUUGCGCCUACUACGGAACCACCACCGGCUACUCAGAUUUUCACCGCUGACCAUCCCUUCGUGUUCUAUAUAACAGUCAAUGAUGUGGUUCUUUUCGAAGGAAGGGUGUUGGUGCCGAACUAUUGAAAUGUAUUAACUGUUGUAUGAUUAUAUUACUUACUUGAAAAUAAAGCACCAUCUUAUGUUCAAA